ACUCCUCCACUCCUCUUUCUCCAUUCACUGAGAAAGCUCUGAACAGAAGCCUCUCUCCUCCUUGAAUGGACUCCAUCUCUCCGAGCCAAGCGCUCUCUCUCUCUCUCUCUCUCUCUCUCUCUCUCUGCUGCUGUGGACGGAAUCAGUGAAGAUCCAAACUCAUCGUCGCCUUAAAGUCGCCUUUAUUUCUUCUUCCUGUGCUGCUGCUGCUGAGAAAAGUUGAGCGCUGUGACUUUGCUGCGUCGCCAUGAACUUUUGUCGGACUUAAGGAGUUUCCAGAGCAGCUGUGCGGCGUCGUAAACAACUAAUGGACAAAAAACGAACCCGAGAAGACUUGUGAAAGAGAAGAAAAAGCUCUUAAAGGAAGACUCGUGGAUUUAGAGGGUGUUGGCUGAUUUGGGUUCGGGUCAGCCAGACACUCAGGCAGAGGAGGCAGACAGGUAGAGAGUUACAGGGUGACAGAUCCAAUUUAAAAAUAGAUUACCUUUGUCCUAGUUAUUUUCCCUGGACCACAAUGGGUUCAGAUGUACGUGACCUGAACUCCUUGCUGCCCCCGCUCCCGGCGGGCCCCAGCCCUGGCUGCCCAGCCCUACCUGUCAGCACGGCCCCUCAGUGGGCACCCGUCCUGGACUUCCACACGGCCGCCUCCCCUUACUCCUCCCUGGCUGCCCCCCACACCUCCCUGGGGCCGCACUCCUUCAUCAAGCAGGAGCCCAGCUGGGGGGCCACCAGCGACCCCCACCACCUGGACACAGACCCUCACUGCGGCCUCAGCGCCUUCACCGUCCACUUCUCGGGGCAGUUCACGGGGACCGGGGCCUGCAGGUACGGGGCAACGUUCGGGGCACCCCCUCCUCCACCGCCAGCCCCCAGUCAACCUCCGUCUGUGACCGCCCCGCACCACCACCAGCCCCCCAGCCGGAUGUUCAGCAACCCGCCGUACCUGACCAACUGCAUGGACACACAGCAGGCAGCCCGAAACCAGACAGGUUACAGCACGGUUGCGUUCGAUGGAGCCGGUAAUUACGGCCACACUCCUACACACCACAGCUCGCAGUUCUCCAACCACUCUUUCAAACACGAGGACGCUAUAACUCAGCAAAGCACUAUGGGUGAGCAGCAGUAUCCUGUUCCUCCUCCUGUCUACGGAUGCCACACACCUUCUGACAGCUGUACAGGCAGCCAGGCUCUGCUGCUGAGGAACCCUUACAACAGCGGAGAAAAUUUAUAUCAAAUGACCUCUCAGUUGGAGUGUGUGGCAUGGAACCCUGUCAAUACACUGGCAUCCACCAUGAAGAGCCACGCGACAGGCUACGACAGUGACCCCAGCACGCCCAUGGUGUACAGCUGCAGCACACAGUACCGCAUACACACACAUGGAGUCUUCAGGGGCAUCCAGGAUGUGCGGCGGGUGCCCAGCAUCGCUCCAGCCAUAGUGCGGUCAGAGAGCAGCGAGAAGCGUCCGUUCAUGUGCGCCUACCCAGGAUGCAACAAGCGCUACUUCAAGCUGUCUCAUCUGCAGAUGCACAGUCGCAAACACACAGGGGAGAAACCCUACCAGUGUGACUUCACAGACUGUGGACGCAGGUUUUCCCGCUCUGACCAGCUCAAAAGACACCAGAGGAGGCACACAGGAGUUAAACCCUUCCAAUGCGAGACGUGUCAGAGAAAGUUCUCUCGGUCUGACCACCUUAAGACACACACCCGGACUCAUACAGGUAAAACAAGUGAGAAGCCGUUUAACUGCCGGUGGCCCAACUGUCAGAAGAAGUUUGCUCGGAGCGAUGAGCUGGUGCGGCACCACAACAUGCACCAGAGGAACCUCACCAAGCUCCAGCUGGCCAUCUGAGUCUUCUGUCAGCCCGUAUCACUGUUUUAAAUGUAAACAUCUGGAUUACAUCUGCUUAUAUUUUCUGUCUUCGGUUAAUCCAAACCCGGUGACCCCCUUUGCACCAACGAAACCAGCUUCUGCAGGGGCCAGCGGAGCCCUAAUGGCUCCCUUAAAAUAUGAUUUUGAGUUUAGGAAACUAGAUCUGCACGAAUCAGUCUAAAAGUCACGAACACUUGUGAAAUCUGUGGGUUAUUUAAACUGCACUGUGAUUUUAAAAGAUAAGGCUGGAUAUGUUUGGUAUUUUUGUUAGUGUCCAAAUCCAACUAAAAGACCAAAACCAUCAAUUUGUGUGAAGUGCAGCCAACUUGUCGAGUGAAAUAAAACUACUUUGUUGAUAAAGGAGGGGUGCAAAUGUCCAACCAAAGGGCCAACUUUUACUACAGUGCAACUUUGUAUUUCUUUGUUAAUGUUGGCUUAUGGUAAAAUGAAAAACCCUUCCCUGUAAUAUUAAACACUGCUGUGCAGUUUUUUGGUGUCUGAUAAGCCUUCACAGUCAUCGUCGCAACAGCACCCGAAAAAACACCAACAAAAGCUUCUUUUUUUUUACUUACACAGCUCUUUCUGCUCUGAAUACUGAAUUUGUUCCUACUGAAAAUGUAAUUGUUAAUGCAAACAUAUGUGUCAUUUCCUAUGACAGUAAAUAGUGCAUUUGUUUGGGACUAUUUUCAGCUGCAGAUUUGGCACAGUGCAGCCUCUCCAUCGCUGGUUUUAGUCUGUUCACGGGACAUCACUAAACACUUUGAAAAAGCAGACUAUCAACAGAAUUAUUUGUUCAAGAAAUAUUUUCCUGUAGGUUUGAAUUAUUGUUUCACAAAUCAAUCAGUAUGUAACUGAAUUGCCAUCAUUAACUGCCAAAGCUACCAUACACCAGUCGGACGUAACUGUAACAUUUAGAGCUGCACAAUAUGGAAAAAAGUGGCGUAAAUGCACGUGAGACAGUCCAGAAGAUUGUUCCAUUUUUAACUAUAAUAUAAUAUUUCAUUCAUCCCCAGUUGUUGCCUGCUUUCCUCACCAUCCACCAUCAUGUGUACAGUGAGGUCAAAGGUCAUGGUCGCCUUCAGCUGUUGUAAAUAUCUCUCACGUUGAACCAGUUCCGGAAAGCUUAUUUAUUAUGAUUUUGUGGAAAGGUUUUGCUGUCACUGGAAUGACUUAAAGGGAGUGAGGUGGCAUUCAGCCCCUCUGCCGUUUCUUACAGUUUCACACAAAAGAUAACGCUUGAUUUAAAGUGGAUCAAGAGAGUUUCCAUCUAACACCCAGCGCGGUCCUCGCCAUGUAAGCUUUGGAUGUUUUGUCCGGUCAGCAUAAAAUAGACAUUGCAAGCACAAACACGCCCUUGCCGUUGUAUUUAAAAAGCUUAACAUUUUGUUUUUGAGUAAUGUGAGGAUGUGAGGAUUUUUUUUUUUUCUAGCAGUGCUCAGCGCUCUUGGGGCGAAGUCGUGUGCGUCUCUUGUCUCUGUGGUGUGUAAAUAUUGCUGGACUUUGGCAGUGCUGUAGACACUGCGAGUUCUGAAAUAUGUCUGCUGGGUCACACUGGCUCUGUGGCCGGGACAUUUUGGUCAAGAUGUAAAUAAUACUGCUUCACCAUGGGAACUGAACUCUUUCCAUGGGGGGAAAUAUGUUAACUUAACUGAUAUAUUUUAGACUUUUCUUUGGAUGGAUCCAGGAACUGUUUAUACUUUCAGUUUUCUCUCUUUCAUGUGUAUUAAUAUUUGAGUCAUAAAACAGCAAAUGUCAGUGGAACAUUUUGUACUCAAACAUGUGGGAUAAUUGAAAACGAUGCUUUCUCUCUGUGUAAAUGUACCGUGACUGUUUUGAUACAGUAUCACUUCGUCUC